ACCAGAGGGACUGGAGAAGCGGCCGGAGCCUGUCCGGACGGACGCCUGCGAGCUCGCGUCCCUCCGCAUCCUCAGCUUUCCGGGCUGUCAGUCGGCUAGCGGCGACUGAGGAAGUUUUUAAAAUGAAGAAGUUUAAUUUCCGAAAAGUUUUGGAUGGCUUAACGGCCUCAUCCCCUGGCAGCAGCAGUGGCAGUAACAGUGGUGGUGGGGCUGGAAGUGGUUCCACACAUCCGGCAGGGACUGCAGGGAUUCUCAGAGAGGAGAUUCAGGAAACCUUGACUUCAGACUAUUUCCAGAUUUGUAAGACAGUUCGGCAUGGUUUUCCUUAUCAGCCCACCACAUUAGCCUUUGAUCCAGUUCAGAAAAUCUUGGCUAUUGGGACGAGAACUGGUGCUAUACGAAUACUUGGAAGACCUGGUGUUGAUUGUUAUUGUCAACAUGAAAGUGGUGCGGCUGUCCUGCAACUCCAAUUCUUGAUCAAUGAGGGUGCUUUGGUCAGUGCAAGUUCAGAUGAUACACUUCAUUUGUGGAACCUUAGACAAAAAAAGCCAGCUAUUCUUCAUUCUCUCAAAUUUAACAGAGAACGAAUUACUUACUGUCAUCUACCUUUCCAGAGUAAAUGGCUCUAUGUUGGAACAGAAAGAGGAAAUACACAUAUUGUAAAUAUUGAAUCUUUCAUUCUUUCUGGAUAUGUUAUCAUGUGGAACAAGGCAAUUGAACUAUCCACAAAGACUCAUCCAGGUCCAGUUGUGCAUUUAAGUGAUAGUCCAAGAGAUGAAGGGAAAUUGCUAAUAGGUUAUGAAAAUGGUACUGUAGUUUUCUGGGACUUGAAAUCUAAAAGAGCAGAACUGAGAGUUUACUAUGAUGAGGCUAUUCAUUCAAUUGAUUGGCAUCAUGAGGGCAAACAGUUCAUGUGCAGCCAUUCAGAUGGUAGCUUGACUUUAUGGAACCUGAAAAGCCCCAGUCGUCCUUUCCAGACCACAGUUCCACAUGGAAAAAGUCAAAGAGAAGGAAGAAAACCUGAAUCUUGCAAACCAAUUCUUAAAGUAGAAUACAAGACUUGUAGAAACAGUGAACCAUUCAUAAUAUUUUCUGGUGGAUUAUCCUAUGACAAAGCUUGCAGAAGACCAAGUUUAACUAUCAUGCAUGGAAAAGCAAUUACAGUGCUUGAAAUGGAUCAUCCUAUUGUUGAAUUUCUAACUUUAUGUGAAACACCCUAUCCAAAUGAAUUUCAAGAACCUUAUGCUGUUGCAGUACUCCUGGAGAAAGAUCUCAUUGUAGUUGAUCUGACACAAAGCAACUUUCCAAUCUUUGAAAAUCCAUAUCCCAUGGACAUUCAUGAAUCACCAGUUACGUGCACAGCAUAUUUUGCUGACUGCCCACCAGAUUUGAUUCUAGUGCUCUACUCUAUAGGAGUCAAGCAUAAAAAACAAGGAUACAGUAAUAAGGAGUGGCCAAUCAGUGGAGGAGCUUGGAACCUUGGCACACAAACAUAUCCAGAAAUCAUUAUUACUGGGCAUGCAGAUGGAUCAAUCAAGUUUUGGGAUGCAUCUGCAAUAACUUUGCAGAUGCUAUACAAGCUAAAAACUUCAAAAGUAUUUGAAAAACAGAAGGUAGGAGAAGGAAAACAAACAUGUGAGAUUGUCGAGGAAGACCCAUAUGCCAUUCAGAUGAUCUACUGGUGUCCAGAGAGCAGAAUAUUCUGUGUAUCAGGAGUCUCUGCAUAUGUCAUAAUUUAUAAAUUCAGCAGACAUGAAAUUACAACAGAAAUAGUGUCAUUAGAGGUACGACUGCAGUAUGAUAUUGAAGAUAUUAUUACCCCAGAACCAGAAACAAGUCCUCCAUUUCCAGAUCUUUCAUCCCAGCUUCCUUCAAGGAGUCUUUCUGGAAGCACUAACACUGUGGCUAGUGAAGGAGUAACAAAGGACAGUAUCCCAUGCCUCAAUGUUAAGACACGACCAGUGCGGAUGCCUCCAGGAUAUCAAGCAGAACUUGUUAUUCAGUUGGUGUGGGUGGAUGGUGAACCUCCACAACAGAUCACUAGCCUUGCUGUGAGCUCAGCGUAUGGAAUAGUUGCAUUUGGGAACUGCAAUGGGUUGGCUGUGGUGGAUUUUAUACAGAAGACUGUACUGUUAAGCAUGGGGACCAUUGACCUGUAUAGAUCAAGUGACAUAUACCAACGACAACCACGGUCUCCUCGAAAAAACAAGCAGUUCAUUGCAGACAACUUUUGCAUGCGUGGCCUGUCUAACUUUUAUCCUGAUUUAACGAAACGGAUCCGUACUUCCUAUCAGAGCUUAACUGAGUUGAAUGACAGUCCAGUUCCCCAGGAACUUGAGCGCUGCAAGUCUCCUACUUCAGACCAUGUAAAUGGACACUGCACAAGUCCCACUUCUCAGAGCUGCAGUUCUGGAAAACGACUUUCCAGUGCUGAUGUUUCAAAAAUAAAUCGCUGGGGUCCUGGAAGACCACCAUUUCGAAAAGCACAGUCAGCUGCUUGCAUGGAGAUUUCUUUGCCAGUUACAACAGAAGAAAGUCGAGAAAAUUCCUAUAAUCGUUCUAGAAGCUCUAGCAUCUCCAGCAUUGACAAAGAUUCUAAAGAAGCGAUUACAGCACUAUACUUCAUGGAGUCCUUUGCUCGGAAAAAUGACUCUACUAUCUCCCCUUGUUUGUUCGUUGGAACUAGUCUGGGAAUGGUGUUAAUCAUCUCCCUAAACCUACCUUCAGCAGAUGAACAAAGAUUUACAGAGCCAGUCAUGGUAUUGCCAAGUGGUACAUUCCUCUCAUUGAAAGGAGCUGUCCUAACAUUCUCCUGUAUGGACCGAACUGGUGGGUUAAUGCAACCACCAUAUGAAGUUUGGAGGGAUCCAAACAACAUAGAUGAAAAUGAGAAAUCUUGGAGAAGGAAACUGGUCAUGAACUGCCCCUCUCCAUCCCAAGAAAUAGGAGAUCAUCAGUACACAAUAAUCUGCUCAGAAAAACAAGCUAAAGUCUUCUCACUGCCUUCUCAGACUUGCCUCUAUGUUCAUAACAUCACAGAAACAUCUUUUAUACUGCAAGCAGAUGUGGUGGUCAUGUGUAACAGUGCCUGCUUGGCAUGCUUUUGUGCCAAUGGGCAUAUCAUGAUAAUGAGCCUACCUAGUCUUCGCCCAAUGUUAGAUGUGAAUUAUUUGCCACUGACAGACAUGCGGAUAGCACGGACAUUCUGUUUUACCAAUGAAGGACAGGCAUUAUACCUCGUCUCUCCUACUGAAAUUCAGCGGUUAACAUACAGCCAAGAGAUGUGUGAUAAUCUACAGGACAUGCUGGGAGAUUUGUUUACUCCUAUAGAAACACCGGAAGCUCAAAACAGAGGCUUUCUCAAGGGCCUGUUUGGUGGAAGUGGACAAACAUUUGACAGAGAAGAGCUCUUUGGGGAAGCUUCCGCAGGAAAAGCAUCACGCAGCCUCGCACAGCACAUUCCUGGACCAGGUGGUAUAGAAGGGAUGAAAGGCGCUGCUGGAGGGGUGAUGGGAGAGCUAACUCGUGCACGGAUCGCACUUGAUGAGAGAGGACAGAGGCUAGGAGAGCUGGAGGAGAAAACUGCAGGCAUGAUGACCAGUGCAGAGGCAUUUUCCAAACAUGCACACGAGUUAAUGCUGAAAUAUAAGGAUAAGAAAUGGUACCAAUUCUAAACUUCUAAAGAAGCUAUGACUGCUUUGAGAAACCAUUAUUCAGGGAAACCAAAUUUAUUCCCAGCAUCAAUAUUCAACUGCUAGAAGCCAGUUUCUUCUACAAAAUGUUCCAUUAUAGUCCAUCUGAAGUUAUCAUAAGGGAGACUUAUCAGAGACAUUGUGCAACCCAAGGCUGGAAUCCAGGUUAAAAUCCCAAGAUAUGGCUGAAUUUGCCUUUUCCCACAUGGAAUGGAGCUAUCAUCUUGGCAUGUUGUUUGCUAAGGAUUUACAUUUAGGAACUACGGGGAGUCCUUCUGAUUUGAAAAAAUCCUGUACAAACAAAAAGCAUUAAUGCACUUAAUGAAAACAAUUGCAUGAUAAAUUAACAUCUUAAGAGGAAAAGAAAAAAGCAUGUUGUGACAGAAGAAAAAAAAAGAUUUAUGGUAAACUAUUUUUAUAAAUUGGGCCACACCUGACAAUUAAAAAAAAAAAAAUCUGUGUUAGAAGAUAUCAGUGCAUUUCCAGUACAUUUGCAAUACCCAACUUACAAAGCAAACAAAACCAGAGUUUUCUUGUCAUCUAUAACUUUCAUUAUGUACUAGGACAUUAUUGAAUUCUUAUGUCAAGAGUCUGAUUAACAUUGUUCUCUCUCCAUAAUAUUUUACAUUAUUCACAGUUCUCAGUCAUAAUCAAAUAUAGCCAGUACAGUAAAUUAUUCCUAACACAAUUAUUUCCAUCACCUUCAGAACAAGUUGCUAUUUUCAGUCACAACCAAUGCAGGGUGGGGUCACCUUGAAGCAUAUUUUCAGCUUGGCUUAUACUCUGCAGGGGAGUUGACAAUAGGUUUGGGGAAACUAGACUUACAAGAACAAUGCUGUUAGCUUUGAGAACUGAUUUCACACACUCUGGUUUCAGUUUCUAAAGUGAUAUAUUUUUAAUGCUCCAUUUGUAUCCUUGUCUGCCAAUUACACAGUAUAUUACUGUUCAGUCUCCAUGGGGUCUUCAAUUCAAAGGUGCUCUUGCAGCCUGAUACUCACAGACCAAACUGGUCAUUCUCUAGUCUGAUUCAGUAAAACCUCAGUUAAUGUUUUAGGAAAGAGAUUCUGACAUUUCUGAUUA